AUGUCCACUCCUUCGAACCAAUCUUCUCCAACACAUUCAUUGACCACCACCACCACCCAUCCACACCAUAAUGCAUCAUCAUCAAAUAAUAUCAACAAUAAUAAUAACACAACUUUGGUCACAACCUUUCUCACUCCUCCUUCAUCCACUCCAUCCAAUUUCAACAUUUCUCGUAAACAACACAAUCUCUAUACCAGCAAGAAGGCACUCACUCUCAUCAAUAACACUCCUCUCAUUAAGGUGCCAUACAUUGAAAUUUAUUUAAAACAAGCGAGUCAUAUCUAUGAGCGAGUGAGUAGUAGUAGUAGCACCACAACCAUUCAUUCGACAAGUAGUAAUAGUAAUAAUAGUGAAACGAAUCAUAACAAUUCAUCCAUUUCACCUUCUCAACAACAACAACAUUCACACCACCACCAUUCCACAACCAAUGUUCAAUCCUCCUCGUCUCAAUCCUCUCAACAACAACAACAACAACACACACCACCACCCUCUUCACCCAAUACCUAUAUUGUAUUUAUUUGUUCCAUACCGAUUCAAACUCUCUCUGAAUUUGAUUCUACCAAUUACACGAGUAGUGGAAGUAGUAAUAUUCGAGGAUAUAAUCGUCGAGUAUUGAAAUCCAAUGCUAUUCGAAUGGCUCAUCCUGUUUGGAAUGAAUUAUUUAUCUUUGAUAUUCAUGUCUCGAAUGAAAAGAAUCUCAACAACUUACAACAACAAAAACAUCACUCAUUCGGUGGUCAUCAAACAUCCCUAUCAUCAUCAUCACUCCAAUUGGAUUCUUCUUCUUCAACUUCUCCACAACAACAACAACAACGAAUCAUUCAUGAAACCAUUCUCAUGCAAGUAUGGGCCAAACACAUUUUCAAAACCGAUGAAUUACUUGGUACUAAAACAAUAUCUUUACAAUCUUUGGUGAGAAAUCGAGAAAAUCAAAUGACUCUCCAUGUGUCAGGAAUGUCUCAUGCACAAUGUCAAAUUGAUCUCUCGAUUAUUAUUCAUGAUUCAUUAGAUUCACAAAUGAAUGUGAAUCAAAUUGGAAAUGAAAUGGGUGAUACCACAACAACAACAAUACUCACACACCCUACUUUAUAUGGAAGUGGUGGUACCACUCUUUGGUCUCACAGUGGUACAAGUGCAAGUGGUACAAGUGGUGGUGGUACUAUGACGACAACCUCAAUGAAUUCACCUGGUGGAAGUUCUUCAUCCUCAACAACAACAUUUGACUUUUUUGAUCCAUUCCCAUCUUCUACUAGUCUUCUUCAACAUUUAAUCAUUCCAGAUCAUACUCUUAUUCAAAAUGGAAGAUAUCGUAUCUUACAAUACAUUUCUAAUCAAGCCUCUAAAGGUGGUGAUUCGAUGAUUUAUAAAAUUGUGGAUCACAAACAAAACAAUCGAAUCAAAAUAUUGAAAAAGAUUAAAUGUGAAACGAUACAAAAUGCCAAUGAUGCGAUUCGAGAGAGUUGGCCUCUUUCUGAAUUGAAACAUUCAAAUUUAAUUCCCUAUGAAGACAUGUUCAUUGAUAUUACCACCAAUGAUGUAUUAGGAAGUAUAUUCUUUGUGUGUUAUGUGACUCCAUUCUAUGAAGAAGGUUCACUCUAUGAUUUUAUGGUCAAGGUUAAGAAAAAGAAUAUUUAUUUAACACUUCGAAGAGUGAGUGAUUAUGCGUUACAGAUUGCACAGGGAAUGGAGUUUUUACAUUCACAUUCCAUCAUGCAUAGAAAUUUAAAACCAAGUAAUAUUUAUUUGGUAGAGAAUAAUACGGUAUUGAAAAUUGGAGAUUUUGGAUUUUCGAAAAGUAUUUCUCAUUCGGCUACUAUAUUAGGUGGUGUUACUAAAAUUGCUAAUUUUGGAUAUACUGCACCUGAAAUAGCAUUGGUCACAGAAGUAACGACAGUGUAUCGUUUUGAAGUCGAUAUUUGGUCAUUUGGUAUUAUUUUGUAUGAAUUAUUAACAUUGAAGAUUGAUAAGGAACAAUUGAAUCAUUGUGCAUUGGCUAGCUUUCAAUACGAUUCCUAUAUUAAAAAUGUGAUUGAAGGUGAAAUUAGAAAGAUUUAUAGAAAUGAUGCAGAUGAUUUCAUUCAACUCUUGAAGAGAAUACUCGUAUUGGAUCCAUCUCAGAGAAUGAGUGCAAAGGAGAUUGUGUUGGAAUUGAAGACAUUGGUUGAAAAAUUUGCAACCAAUUCGAAUAAAUAA